UGCUCCUGUUCUGGCUGCCACUCCUGGAAUCUGGCUACACUGGAAGCCUUUUUCUGCUCCUAUUGCUUUCAGAUCGCUAUCUUGAUACACAGCCCGGGCUGUCUCCCCGAAACCCUCUUGGGUGAAAUUCAAAUGCGUCUCCUAUCUCUGUUUAUGGAGCUGUUUCUCUCCUGACGCUUUUCCUUUGUGCCCUUUGUCAAUUCACGAGUGGCGAGACUCGGCUCUAACUCAGUGGCAGAAAAUCGCCAGUGAUUCGACUAUAAAUGCACUCUCUCUGGUGCUGCAAGAUUCACCUGGCCAGGACUGCCCUCAUUUGUGGAUCUUCCCCACAUCCCUCACUCAUUUUGCCCGGUGCAGCCUUCGGUUGGCGUGAUGCUCUCCUUGACUGUUGACCACUUCUUCACUCUCAUUCUGCCUCGGCGCCCCAGUGCCUCUACAAUGCCACUACCGCCCACUCCUACCAAGAAAGCUAGUAAUGGGAUUGGCUUCAGGAAGCGUCGACGCACAAACCACGAUUCUGCUGGGUCGUCUGACGAUGCCGACCGAGAGUUCAAAAAGCGCGUGAAGGCCGACGAGAACUCUCAACCAGCCCAAGUACUAUCAACUUAUCCAUAUUCCCAUCGCCCUCCACUGCAUGUCAAUCCUUCUACGACAUUUUCAUUAACCCCGUCUGUCACGACUUCGACCACUGUGCCAAUCUCGUGCUCAAACGAUGUGUUAAGGUCCUGUGAUACGAUAAAGCCGACCAUAACGAAAAAGUAUUUUGCGCCAAAAAAUCGCAGCGAUCUCAUUAUCUGGGGCCAAGGCAACGAAAUGAUCGAGUUUUACGUUGACUCCCAAACCAUCUUCACGGCUUCCCCUGUUUUGCAGCUUCAGACGGUUCAUUAUGGGUUCCUACGCGAAGACCUCGGGGUCAAGCGUGCCAUUCUCUCGCUCGACGAGACGUCUGGGGCCAUCGAUUCUUUAUUACGGCUCAUCUAUCCACGGGUCAAGAAGCCCCGUGUGGAGUCAUCAGAGCGCCUCAGCGACCUCCUCGACUUGUGCCAGCGAUACGCUGUAGCUCAGGCCAUCCAUUACCUUUGCUCGACAGCUCUUCGAGAUCUCGUCAGAGAAUACCCCCUUCGCGCAUACGGCAUAGCCUGUCGUUUCAACCUCAAAUCGGAAAUCCCCUCCAUUUCGCGUGAAAUCUUACGCGCAGACUUAUCCAAGACGGAUCUUGGCUAUGAUCUCGCGUACUGUACCCCUGAUCAAGUCAAGAGGAUCCUUAAAUUCCACGAACGUCGCGCCGGGGAAGCCAUUAAGCUCGUCGCCGAGGUGUCGGCAGAGGGUCUUACAUGCGGCGGGGAGUAUUGUGAAGAUGGAGUGGCGGAGUGGUGGUUGGAGGUAGUUAAGGGUAGCAGACAUCUGUUGCAGAAGAAGCCUAUUACCGAGGAGCUGUUUUCACCCGAGUUCCUUGCGGGAUGCUGUCGGAGAGCAGCGAUCAGAUGCUCGCAGUGUCCAUUUACUUUUUUGUCGUCUCGUUCACAACAUAAGCUAGCUAUCGUUAAGGAUCAAAUUGAUUCGCUCCCUUGUAGAUUGUAGUUCUUGUGCUCUUCAUUCUCCAUCUUUCUUGUAGCUUUACUCGCCAUACUUACACUCAUUCAGACUCAUUCAGACUCAGUCAAUAACAAC